AUGAUACUCUCUAUAUCAUAUACUUUGGGAUUGCUCAUGACGUUGGGGAUGGGAUCAGGAGGGAAGGGGGUGAAAGGGUUUGGGUUUAACACUUCGACACCUAAUCAAUGUGGACAGUGGACUGUUCAAUGGGAUGGUGGAACAGCACCCUUCGGACUACUCCUGGUCCCGACCAUCACCGUCAAUUCCGGCAAGAUCAUCAACGUUACCAUUCCCUCCGACGCUUCCAAUUCGUACACUUUCCAAUUGGAUGAACCUUCCGGAUUGGAAUUCAUCGCUACCAUGUGGGAUUCGGGAGGUUGGGGAACAGGAGGUACCACUGAUGUUCUGACUGUAGGAUCAUCCUCCGACUCUUCAUGUCUGACCAGUAAUCUCAACUACGACUUUUUCUUUUCUCUCGACCCAAACUCUAAUCCUUCUCAAUGUUCAACCACCACCAUUUCUUGGAAUAACAAUAUUACUCUCCCCGUAGAACUUUACGGUCUCAUACCAUCCGGUUCGGCUUUUUCCCUUCCUAUACCUCAAGGUGGUUCUUAUACGUACGAUUGGACAGUUGAUAUUUCUUCCGGAACUCCAUUCCUUCUACUCAUGUCCGAUGCUGGACAAUAUCAAACUGGUGGUUCAACAUCUUUAUUAAAAGUACAAGAUGGUUCUACAAAUUGUAUGAAUUCUUCUUCUCCAGGACUUUCAACUUCAACUUCAACUUCUUCUUCAUCUAUUUCUUCAUCCUCUACUUCUACGGGAAAUUCCGCCAGUAGUUCUAGUUCAAUAACGGGAAUAGGAGGUUCUUCAUCUGGUGGUAAAACUUCCACCUCAUCAGACCCUGAUAAUAAACCUAAAUCUAAUACUGGGGCAAUAGUGGGAGGAACAGUAGGAGGAGUAGCUUUUAUAGCUUUUCUUUUCUUACUUGCUUUAUGUUGUCUUAGAAAAAGAGCGAAGAGAACUUCUGAAGAAGGUGCGGAUCCAGCUGUGAAAUCUUAUGGUGUCGUAGGGGAAAAACGUAGACCUAUGGAUUUAUUAAGUCGAAGACAAGGAAGUGGUGAGACUGAUGAUGGUUUAUUAGGAAGAAAUCAAGGUGAAGUGGGAGGAGGAGUUUAUGAACCUUCUCCAUUUAGAUAUCCUUCUCCACCUUUGAAUUCUCAAGAGAGGGGUAGAGCACCACCUAGUAGUUUCAAUUAUCUCAGUCAAGGGGAUAAGGGUACAACGGGAACGUUCAGUGGAAAUCCUCAAAACAUCCUUUCAACUCAACCUUCCCUUCCGCCAGGUGCUGAAGCAGGAGUGGGGCCAGGAGCCAUAGGAGCAGGAUUGAGCAUGGGUAUGGGCGUAGGAAAACAAGGAGGAGGGAGAGGAAAUGGUAUUUUGAGAGAAAGUGAAGAUUCCGAUCGAACGGCAAAUACAUAUUCUUCACCUGGACAACAACAAACAGUAGGACAAUCGGAUGCCGCCACGAUCGGUCAUGGGAUUGGAGAGAAGAGGAAUUCGACUCAAGUCAGACCUUUACCCGAUGUCCCGAACGACCGACCGACCACUUUCGUCCAACAUGAGGAUAGUGGGGAGAUAGUUGACUUGCCGCCGAGAUAUGAUCAACUGCGGACUAGGAAUCCGGACGUCUAA